AUGUAUAAUAGAAUCGAUGAGCGUACGGGAAAUAUUUCGGCCGAGUUCGCUUCAGGAGUAGAAGAAUUCAUGAAUUUUGCAAGCAGUCAGCCAUUAGCGCUUAGCAGUGGUGGUAAGUUUUAUUGCCCUUGUAUAACUUGUCAUAAUGAUAAAUUUCUUACGGGGCGUAAAAUUUGGAACCAUCUGUAUAGUAGAGGAUUUAUGGAAAAUUAUUAUAUAUGGUAUAUGCAUGGGGAAGAACUGGAUGUCGAUUUAGGAACAAGUCAUGUUGAUACAAGUUUUAGUAGUAGUAAUCAAGCAGAAGAUGCUAACGUAGAAGACGAUAAUGUGGAAGAUAGAUAUGUCCAAAUGGUGAAUGAUGCAUUUCCUGAUACCUCCAAUAUUGAUAAUUAUUAUCAAGAGGAUCAGGGUAAUCAAAAUGCAGAAGAACCAAAUAGUGAGGCCAAAAAAUUCUACGACAUGUUAGAUGCUGCAAAAACUCCAUUGUAUGAUGGUUGUCAUGAAGGCCACUCGCAAUUAUUUCUAGCAUCUCGGUACAUGAACCUUCAUGCCGAUAAUAAUAUGACUGAAAGGGGUGUGGAUCAAUGGGCAGAACUCAUAACAGAGUUAUUGCCUGAUGAAAACCACGCAACUGAGUCAUAUUAUGAGACGGAAAAAUUGAUGCGGAAUCUAGCCCUCCCAUAUCAUACAAUUGACGUGUGUAUUGAGAAUUGUAUGAUCUUCUGGAGAGAAGAUGAAAAGUGGGAUGCAUGUAAAUUUUGCGGAGCACCAAGAUAUAAGCCCAGCGAUGGACGAACCAAAAUACCAUACAGCCGUAUGUGGUAUUUACCUAUUGGCGACAGACUGAAGCGUUUGUACCAGAGCGAGAAGACUGCAUCAGCAAUGAGAUGGCAUGCUGAGCAUGAAUCAGCGGAAGGAGAAAUGUGUCAUCCUUCAGAUGCGGCUGAGUGGCAAAAUUUUCAACAACUACAUCCUCGCUUCGCCGAGGAACCCCGAAAUGUUUACCUUGGAUUAUGUACAGAUGGAUUUAAUCCAUUUGGUAUGUCCCGUAAUCAUUCGUUAUGGCCUGUGAUCUUGACUCCUUAUAACUUACCCCCUGGUAUGUGUAUGAAGACAGAGUUCUUAUUUCUUACAAUUUUGAACUCUGGGCCAAAACAUCCGCGAGCUAGUCUUGAUGUCUUCCUCCGACCUUUGAUUGAAGAGUUAAAAGAAUUGUGGUCUACAGGAGUCGAGGCUUAUGAUAUAUCCCUGAAUCAAAAUUUUAAUCUAAAAGCAGUGCUGCUAUGGACAAUCAGCGAUUUCCCAGCUUAUGGCAUGUUGUCAGGAUGGACGACACAUGGUAGAUUAGCUUGCCCAAUUUGCAUGGAGGAUACAAAGGCUUUUCAACUGCCAAAUGGAAGGAAGACGUGUUGGUUUGAUUGUCACAGGAGGUAUCUUCCGCAUGGUCAUCAGUUAAGGAAAAACAAAACAAGUUUUUUGAAGGGAAAACAUGCUAUAAGAGACUAUCCGCCUCAAUCUCUUACCGGUGAGUAA